UUCGAACCUGACACCAUCAAACUCACUCUUACAUCUCUAUGGUAUUAACAAAUAUCCACCGUCCAUUUUCUCCAUCCAACAAAUCCACACCGUUGUCAUCUAACCAUAAACCCUAACCCCCUUCCCCACACUCUCUUUCCCGCUUCCUCUCUCUCAACUUCGAUCCAUUUCUCUCUCUGUUUCUUAGAUCUCUCUUUUCAAUUCAGUUGAAUCCCAAAUCAUGAUCAAUUUCACUUUUCGCUUUUUUUUUUCUUUCUCUCUUCGAUUUUCAUUUUCUGAAUAAUUAUGUGAAUAUUUCUCUGAUUUGAUGCUGUUGAUUCAAUAGAACGAAGUAAAGGUUUUAGCGGGGUUGGUUAUUGUUGUUGUAUCAAUUUUUUCUUUUUUUUUUUUAUAAUUUUUUAUUCUGAUCCGAGUUUUGUCAAAUUAAACUCGUUACUGAGUUGAAUUGACUCGUGUAACUGUGAAUUAAAUUCUGAAAUGCCGUCGGUUGGGAUUAGGCGAACGACGAGGGUGUUUGGAGUGGCGACAAACGGAAACACCGAUAGUGUGUUACGAUCAGGGCGGCGGUUACCGGAAUCGGUCAACGUGGAAGUGACUAACGACGACAGUGACAAUGACACCGACGACGAUGAGGAUGAUAGGUUUUACGGGAUUAAAUUUAUCAGAAAGAGGAAGAGAAUUGUUGAGAAUGAAGAUAGGAAGAGGAUGAAAGUGAAAGAUCAAUGUGUGCUUGCGGCUAUUGUGAAGCCAUGUUCAGAAGACAGUGGUUUAUUUUCGCGUUUUUUGUUUGUGGUGUUGAGUAGCGUUGCAAAAUUCGGACUCACAAUCGAAGAUUUCUCUUCUUUUGUUCUAUCAGAGCCCAUUUGUUCUGCUUAUGCAUCAAGUGGAAUUCAAUUCUUUCAGGAUUCUGUUACUGCCAACAUUGGGGUUUGCCGGUUUUUUGGGGUAAAGCAGUUCAUGCCACUGUUCUGUGUGGAUUUUUCUGCUAUUCCUCUAUGUUUCAAGUACUUGCAUACUGCAGUGCUUCUGAGAUAUAUGUUCAAGUCAUUUUUUCUUGAAUGUAAUCUGGUAAAUGUUCCUAUUGAUGUUGAGGAGAAUAUUGAUCUCUCUGGUUUCCAAAUUGAACUGCCGAUUCAAUGUGAUUCCUACAUGGGAAAAGCUUAUGAGAGUGGAACCAUCAGUAUCACCCCUGAAGUUAUAGAAAUAGAUGACUGUUUAUCGUUACAUGUAUCUGUUGAGUGUUCUAGGUUAGCUGGUCAAAAUGGACAAUGUCAAAACUUGAACUCUAAACACAUUCAGACGAGGAGAACAUCACUCAGGAUUAGGGAAGCACAAAAUCCUUCAAUGGAGAACAGAAGUAACAGUGCAUUACCUUAUGAUUCGAAGGGUGGAUGGGAAAAAAGUCGUACAGGUGUCGCCUCUGAUAAGAAACUUAAAAUUAACAGUUGCGCUGCUGUAAUCCUUUCAGAGGCAAAGUCUGUCUUGGAGGGUUCAAAAGAAGCAAUUGAUUCGUCUUAUUGUUCUGCAAAUAUAUUGAUUGUCGAGUCCGACAGAUGUUACAGGGUAGAAGGCGCAGUUGUCACUUCAGAAGAACGGCCUGAUUUAAGAGAAUGGCAUCUCGCAGUAAAGAAAGAUGGAUUGACACGAUGCACUCUCAAGGCUGAUAAGGUAAUGAGACCCUGCUCUACCAAUCGGUACACCCAUGUUAGAAUGGUCUCGUUAAUCAACGGGUGGAAACUAGAGUUUUCUAAGCAUCAGGACUGGAUUGCAUUUAAGAAUCUUUAUAAGGAGUGUGCCGAACGUGAAAUUCCAAUUCCUGCUGCGAGAUUUAUUCCAGUACCAGGUGUCUGUGAAGUCUCUAACUACGCAGACAGUUGUACUGUUUCCUUCAACAGGCCGGAUUUUUAUAUAUCCACAAAUCAUAACGAGUUUUACAGAGCAAUGAGAAGGAAAACUGCAAAUUAUGACAUGGAUUCUGAAGAUGAAGAAUGGGUGAGCAAUUUCAAUAACAAGUUUCAAGAACAUGUUUCACUGGAUGAUUUUGAAUCAACUGUUGAUGCUUUGGAGAAGACUUAUUAUUGUAGUCCAGAUGAUUGUUAUGAUGAAAAAUCUGUGACUUAUUGGUGUCUGAAUGUUGUUAGCAAGAAGGUUGUAGAAGCUGUACAUAGGUACUGGAUGAGAAAAAGGAAACGAAAGCAUUCAUCGCUGCUUAAGAUAUUCCAGAAUUAUCAAUCGGAGAUAUGUCCAUUUGUUCCCAAGCCUUUGCUGCGAAAGAAGAGGUCAUUUAAGAGACAUCCUAGUCAAAGAAGUAGAAGCAAUCUUCCAGUUGUUUCACAAGGUGAACGAAAUGCUUUCGAUGAAGAUUUUACAGCAGUUACAGGUGAACAAGAUCCUUUGGAUGAAGAUGUCAUGCUGAAGAUUUUAAGGGCUUUAGCAGCUAAAGCCGCUGCAGUUCAAAAGAUGGAACUUGCAAUACAAAAACGCAAAGAGGCUCAGUCACUUGCGGAGAAAGCAGAUUUGGCAAUCUACAAGGCCACAAUGUCAGUUAGAAUAAGCGAAACAACUGAAGCUGGAGGAUCAACAGAGGUCUCAGUGCAACACUUUCUUGAAUGACGGGUGCACGUCAGAAUGAGUAGGCUGGCAAAAGAAUAUCUCUAAUUAUUUUCCUAGGGGUUUUGAAGACGGUCCCAAAAGAAGUUCUACUUUAGAAUUUCCCUCAAACACUAUUCAAAGUGAGUAUUUUCAUUUUCUUUGCGAAAUUAUAUUAUUAUUGCAACUUGCUGGUGCAUUUUUUAAUUUGCAUCAAGGAAAAACUUUGUAUGUGCUCUUAAUUUUGAGAUUUUCUUUCGCUUGGAAUAUGUUCCAAGACAUCUAUUUUGUUUUGGUUGGAAUAAGUUUGGCAUACUAUACAUAUGUUUAUGGAAUAAGUUUAAUACUCCUAAA